GUCUAUUCAUAGCUAAAAGUUCAUAGAAAAAGCGAUGAAGGUUUUCGUUUUUGCAUUUCUUGCUUUGACAGCAGUCAGUGCCUUCCGUUUGGAACCAACAUACGAAAGAGAAGGUGGACGUACACCAUGGAGUGAAAGACAGUACAUUGGACCAUCUCCAUUCAUUGUUCGUGGUGAUCCAGCUGAUAUCUCUGAGUUCCCACACAUGCUUGUGUUGCUUGACUUGACACGCGGUGGUUUUAUCUGCGGUGCAUCGGCUAUCAGCUCAAGAUGGUCACUUACAGCUGCUCAUUGUCUCGAACGUAAUACUCCAGCUCAACAAAUUCAACUUCGUGGUGGAUCAACAAACAGAAACACUGGUGGAUUCAUCUUUCAGGCACAAUCAUAUGCUCUUCAUCCACAAUACAAUUCCCGUACACUCGCUAAUGAUGUUGCUGCUAUCAAUGUCCAAGCUGCAACGCCCAUUCAAGGAUUAAAUGUUGCUCAUGCUCGCCUUCCAGGAAAUUGCGCAACAGCUUGCUGUACAACUUGUGAUCCUGAUAAUGUUAUUGUUAAGGGAUGGGGACGUGAUGAAAAUGGACAAUUCCCAUUGCUCUUGCGUCAACUUACAGCUCCAAUUCACAAUCAUGCUGAUUGCGGUCGUUUGUGGACCAACAUUGGAUCAAACUUCUUCUGUAAAUCUGUUAUCAAUGGAGCUGACUCUUGCAAUGGCGACUCUGGCUCACCAUUGGUUCGUGCUGAUGAUCGUUCUCUCCAAGUUGGUCUUGUCAGUUUUGGAACAAGUGUCUGCGGUGAUGGAACCAGACCAAGUGUUAACGUUCGUAUUGAAGACCCUGUUGUGAGAAACUGGAUCAGAUCCUUCACACAAAUUUAAAAAUUGAGGCUUGAACUGUGAUAAUGAAAACAACGAAUUAUUUUAACUUUGAGUACAAAUUUGCUGGCUAUUUGGUCAUGGAAUUUGAGAUUUUGUUUUUUGUUAUGCUUAAUAUUGAUUGGAAAUAAACUGUUUUGAAUUAUCUGUUGCAAAAUUAA